AACGAAUGAUUCUAUGAAAGCGUGGAAUACUCCAAGAAAAUGACAAAGGACUAUAAAUAGAAGAAUCUAGAAAUUCUAUUUCCAAGAUCAUAUUAUUCAGAGCGAUAUGGAUUUAAUGGCUUUUGUGCCCGAUCUUACGACGGUGCCAGAUAUUCAGCGUGAGCCGCGCUUGGAGCACGUUUGUAAAGUAUCACCGAAGGAAGAUUUAUUGAUGAAGAUGAUUCCCGGAAGUUCUCCUUGGUCAAAGUUACAACGUUGGUUCCUUAGUACGCGGAUAAUAUCGCGAAAGCAUCCGUUCACGUUAUACCAUAUAAAGAGCACCCAGGCGAUCGAUUUUGAGAUCAGUCGACACCUCAGUUCCUAUCCCUACAUGAUCCAUCCUUUCAGUUCUUUCAGAGUGUUUUGGGAAUCUGCCAUGACGCUGUUUAUCAUAGCGACUUUACUCAUCACCCCAGUCUUCCUCGCGUUUUACUUCAACGAGCCCGAGGAAUGGUAUAUCUUUAAUCACGUGAUCGACGCCGUAUUAACAUGCGAAAUUGUGAUUCGAUUCUUCACCGGUUACUACGAUUUUCGCAUGCACGUGAUAGUUCUGCACCCGAGAUUCGUGGCGAGGAAAUAUCUACUGGGUUUCUUCGUCGUGGAUGUAUUCUCAGUGCUACCGUUAGAAUUUCUCACUGUGCUCUUCGAAUCGAUGUGGUAUCUGGCAUCGUUAAAUUUAUUGAAGAUAUUCUGGGUACAAAAAGUUAUCAUUUACUCACGCAGACUCUAUCACAUAUAUCGAGUUAAUUUCCAUCUGUGCAACAUAAUAGAAAUAGGUAUUAUUAUCGGCGUUUGCGUGCACUGGGCCGCCUGUUUGGAGUAUUACUUGCCGUUGGCGAUCGCCAAGAUAGUCGGGCCGAACGAUGAAUCGUGGAUUCGAUCGCCUUACAUGAUGGAAAGGCAAACGAGAUUUCAAAUCUAUCUGUCGUGCGUUAAUAGAGCUAUCAUCGCCUUAAUCGGAUCUGAGCAUUAUUUGGCAGUGAAAACUCCAGAAGACAUUACGUAUAAUCUAAUCCUCUCUGUCCUCGGAGUACUCGGAUUUAUUUAUCUGCUUGCGCGACUCUUUCACUUAACGGUGACGUUUUAUUCUAUCCAAAAGAGGGAUUGGAAAUUACUCGACCAAUUGGAACAAUAUAUGUACUACAAGGAAUUACCAUACUCCUUGCAGCAUCGAUUACUAAACUACUACACCUACCGUAAUAAAAAGGGAAUCGAGAGAGACAAAAUUAUUACCAAUCACGUCUCGUCUUAUUUGCGAGAAAAGCUUCUUCUGCACAACUAUCGCCAGCUGCUGGAUAACGUCGAGUUAUUUGGAUAUCUGCCACAGAUAGUGAUUGCACAAUUAGUCAAUGUUGUGCAUUCCGAGAUUUUUAUGCCGAAUGACGUGCUAGUCACAGCCAAUACACGCAGCAAUGCUUUAUACUUUAUCGCUUCCGGUACCGUGGCUGUCUAUAACAACGCGGGAAAAGAGAUCUGUCAUUUGGAGGACGGUGCGUAUUUCGGCGAGCUGGCCCUGCUGAUGGAGGACGAGCGUUGGAUCGCGAGCGUUGUCGCCGUGGAGAACUGCGAGGUCUACGUAUUGUUGCGUGCCAACUUUCAGAACAUUCUUACACUAUAUCCCGAUCUUUUGGUGUAUCUGCAAAACGUCACGUUAGCACGUCCGGAACAGAUAUCGUUGCUCGAGAAAGUCCAGGAUCCAGAUUCACCGAUGACGAUGUCCGGAAAUAUCAACAUCAGCAGCAUAAAAAAGCGGCGAGAUCUUCGUUUCUGUGGGUUCCUGUACGACUGCUGA